UCGCAGUUGACCACUCGUCUCUCUCCGCUCUGAUCAUCAUCAUUUCCUAACCAUCAGUUCGUGAACAGCAAACGAGCUCCAACACAGUCAACUAUCUCACGAGUCUCUCCAUUUGCGGUGAAAGCCAUCAGCCUGUUUGUCGUCGAAACAAAUAAUGGACUCUGUUGGCGUAAACACACAAAGAGAUGACGAUGUGGUAGAAAUAACAGUACCCUUCUCCGAGCAACCAUCAACAUCCCAGGCGUCAACAACUAACUUGGGUAUAACAUUCUUUACGAUAUUACAAAUAUUAGAAAACCUACACAUCAUUGGAUUAUCUAGUUUGAACAAAUGGGAGCGAGUGAUUGAGGAGUUGCAGAACUCUCAAGAAUUGUUGAAUGACCCUGUUCUAGUACAACUGUUUUUUUGUUUGAAACAUUUCUACAAAAUUUUUUUCACACAUGUCAACUGUGACACUUCAUUGUCACAAAAUCAAGUAGAGCAAAUCCGUUUCACCGACUUGGAUUUUGAAGACUUGAUGAAAAUAUUCAAGCCGGAAUUAGAAAAAAAACCGUUUAAUGAAAAAGCUUUCUCAUUUAACACGGUGCAAAAAAUUGCUUCGAUAAUUCGCAAAGUGUUAAAUUAUCAACAUAAAGCAAUCACUAAGACUAUUCAAAACCCAGUAAAACGCACACAAUUAGAAAUAGAUUUUGAUGAAAAAAACAAAAAGAAGUUUAAGAGCGGUGAUGAUAAACAUAGUUCAAGUUCCUCAGACUCCUCAUCUGAGGAUGAUGAUACGGACAGUGAGGACAAUUUCGCUAAAUUAUUUAAGAAGAAACAGAGUAAUUCAUUGAAAAUUAGUCAACUCUUUCAAUACAACACCGGAAAUUUGAGAAGGAAAAUUACAACCCCAGGAGAAAAGGGCAACCAUCUCAUAAAGAUAGAAAUAACAGACACAAAAGACCUUAAGUCUUGUCGCAGUGAAAAGUUCUACUGGCAAAAGAUAAACAAGAAAGGUUAUUUUUUACUUAACACCAAUGAUAAAGAAGAUCAGGACACAUUAGACCAGUUAGUUAAUAUUUUGGCUAGGAUAGGCACUAAGGUAUCCAAAAUCAAAAAUGCUAAAUUCGAGUCGUUUGAAGCAAACGACAAUAAGAAAUAAAAACAUUGUAUUGUAACAAACAAAACUUGUUUUUUAUAUCUUUAAAAUGCUAUUGAAUUUUUUUGUUUUUUUCAGUGACAACAAAAUUACAAUUCAUUAAAUUAAGUGAAAAUGGAUUUGCACCCCAUCGUGCUACACCCUAUGCAGCUGGCUAUGAUUUGCAUAGUGCAUACAAUUAUAAUUUAUUGAAAAAAAGUAAAAUAUUAGUUAAAACAGACAUCGCCAUUAAAUUACCCCCCAACUGCUAUGGUAGGAUAGGUAGUAGGUCUGGACUGGCUUUAAAGCACUCGGUUGUUGUAGCAGCGGGAAUUAUUGAUCCGGAUUAUACAGGCAAUUUAUGCGUAAUGCUUUUCAAUCAUUCAAACACUGAUUUUACCAUUAACAAAGGAGACAGGAUUGCCCAGCUAAUUUGUGAGGUUGCUUUGUUUCCCGAGGUGGUUGAGGUAUUGAAAUUGGAUGAAACAAAACGUGGUGCCGCCGGAUUUGGGUCCACGGGGAUUGUGUAAAUAAAGCGGAUUUUUUUUUCAAAAUUAUUUUGUUAACAAAUUAUUAAAAUUACUUUAUAUAUUUUUUCAGACUGUAGACAACACUAGUUAUGGAUUCACCGCCAAAACCACUUGUUACACCCGUUCCAAUGGAAACUGAUCAAACAAGUUCAAAAUCAACCAAAUUUAGAAAAGAAAAUCGGCUAUCAUUACGUCCAACAGGAGACUUUAUAGAAAUUAAAAGCGCUUUCGGUGGUGCCUUGAAAACAUACUACUAUAGAAAUAUAAACGUCAGCUUUAAGGACAUAUGUCUAAUUUUAGUGAGCAUUAAAGAAAAGAUAAAGAAUUUGAUAAAAAACUAUCUAAACAUGUUCGGACCACUUAAAUUUAAUUUGAUGGUAGAAUGCACAUAUUACAAAAUGUUAACAGAGGAACAGCAAGCUAGAGCAUUUAAAACCUUGAAUUACACCGUUUUAUCAAGCACAUCGUUGGACAGUAUUUUACGUAAAUUAUUUCAAAAAAUUUGUAUUGAAGAAAGCGAGCAACAAAGUAAAGGGAGUGGUUGGUCACUCUAUAAAGUAGAUGGCGUUAUGGUGAGAUUCAGUCGUUUUAAACCAUUAGGUGGAAAAUCUUAUAUCCCACUUCCAAGAAGCGUGCAAUUAAAGAUGGCCAUAAUAAAUCCUAAAAAUAUUGCAGACACAGAGUGUUUCAAGUGGGCUCUCUUAUCUCGUUAUGUUAAAGGUAGAAUGGUGUGUAGAAUAGACAAUAGAUAUAGAGAUUUAGAAGACAGAUUUGAUUUCACUUGUAUUAAUUUUCCAGUUGCGUUAAAAGAUAUUAGUAAAUUUGAAAAACAUAAUCCUACAGUUAGUGUGAAUGUAUAUGGUUUAAAUGAUAAAAAUGAUGUGUAUCCUCUUAGGAUAUGUAAGAGAGUAAAAGACGAACAUUUUGAUUUAUUAUUAAUAACAAAUGCUGAAGGCAAUAGUCAUUAUUGUUAUAUUAAGAAUUUUUCCAGAUUACUUAGCAGUCAAAUAUCAAAAACUAAGAGGGCAACUGUGUUUUGCCGCAGAUGUCUUACACACUUCCAUAAGAAAUCUAAUUUAACAUUUCACGAACAAAAUUGUUCUGUAAAUAAAGCUGUAAAAGUAAAAAUGGCAGAAAACAAAAAUAAUCCUGUUGUUCCAAAAAUUCUAAAAUUUGCUGAUUAUCAUCAUAAAUAUAGAUUGCCCAUCGUCGCUUAUGGCGAUUUUGAGUGUAUUCUUAAUAAGGUAGAUAUUAAGAAGACUACAUACACAACUAUAGAACAACAACACGAACCUUGCAGUUUUUGUGUCUAUCUUGUAAUUGAUGAUGAUCUACCAGAUUUUAUUAAAAACAAACUACCAAAACAACCAUAUUUGUUUAGAGGAGAAAAUGCAUCUUCCGUGUUCAUGGACUAUAUAAUAAAUUUAGCAAAUUUGAUUGGCGAAUUGUUUGAUAAAAAUGUGCCUAUGUUACCACUCACCGAUGAAGAUAAAGUGAAAAUAAGUAAUUGUAAAUUUUGUGAGCUAUGUAAUGUCGAGUUUUCUGCAAUGUGUUUACCUAUUAGAGAUCAUUGCCAUUUGUCAGGAAAGUUUAGAUCUGUAUUAUGCAAUAAUUGUAAUUUAAAAAGACAAGAUCAAAAGUUUUUACCCAUUUUUCUACACGGAUCCUCCAAUUAUGAUUCACACUUUCUUGUUAAACAAUUAGGUUGUGAUAAAGAGAGAGUUAUUGUAAUUCCAAAUUCUAAUGAGAAAUAUAUUUCAUUUAUUAAAAAUACUAAAAGUAAUAUUAAAAUAAAAUUUUUGGAUAGCUACCGCUUUUUAGGCGAGAGCUUGGAUACGCUAGUGAAAAAUUUACCCGAUGACAUGUUUAAACACUUGGAUAGAUUUUUUGUCGAAGAUGAACGCCCUUUAGUGAGACAAAAAGGUGUAUACCCCUAUUCAUAUACAGAUUCUUGGGCUAAACUAGAUGAAACCAAACUGCCCGACAAAGAAAGUUUUUACAAUGAAAUGACUGAAUCUCACGUGUCAGAGAAGGAUUAUGAACGCGCUCAAUUGGUCUGGAAUAAAUUUAAAUGCACCACUUUAGGUGAUUACAGCGAUUUAUAUCUUCGCACAGAUGUCCUUCUUCUGUGCGAUGUUUUUGAGAAUUUUAGAAACAUCUGUUUAACUAAUUACGAGUUAGAUCCUGUUUAUUAUAUGACUGUGCCGAGCCUUACUUUUUCAGCAAUGUUAAAAUAUACUAAGGUGGAAUUAGAAUUGUUUAACGAUUAUGAAAAAUAUCUGUUUAUUGAAAACAACAUUCGCGGUGGCAUCACAAUGUGUGUGAAACGUCAUGCGGUGGCGAACAACCCCUAUAUGGGUACACAUUAUAAUCCUUCCGCUGACACGUCUUAUUUAACUUAUCUAGACUGUAAUAACAUGUAUGGGUUUUCCAUGUGUGAACCCAUGCCGGAAAAGGAAUUUAAAUGGUUGAGUCAUAAAAGGGUUCAAAAUUUUGAUGUAUUAUCAAUACCAGAUGAUGGACCCUAUGGCUACAUUAUCGAGUGUGAUGUUGGUUAUCCGUCAUAUCUACACGAUUCACAUGCAGACCUUCCGUUUUUGUCAGUAAAAAAAUGUCCGGAAUGGUCAAAACAGGAAAAAUUGUUAAAUACGUUAGAAAAUAAAUACAACUAUGUGUGUCAUUUUCGUACGUUAAAACAAGCGCUACAAAACGGAUUGGUUCUGAUAAAAGUUCACAGAGUCUUAAAGUUUUGCCAACGUGCUUGGUUGAAACCCUAUAUAGACCUAAACACAGAAAAAAGAAAAGCAGCUAAAAAUGAGUUUGAGAAAAACUUUUAUAAAUUAUUAAAUAACGCGAUGUUUGGUAAGACAAUUGAGAAUGUUCGCAAACGAGUGAACAUUGAACUUGUGACAAAUGAAAAACGGCUUAACAAAUUGAUCACUAAGCCUAAUUUUAAAAAUAGAAUUAUUUACGGUGAUAAUUUGUGUGCUGUUGAAUUGGAAAAAGACACAAUAGUCUUGGAUAAGCCCAUAUAUGUGGGGUUUACUGUGCUCGAACUCAGUAAACAUCAUAUGUAUGACUUUCACUAUAGAAUCAUGAAAAACAUGUUUAAAAAUAAAAUGUUUAAACUAUUAUAUGUCGAUACCGACAGUUUUUUUUAUCAGAUAUUUACAGACGAUUUGUACUCGGAUUUUAAUAGACCAGAGUUUAAGAAACACCUAGACAUGUCUGACUAUCCGCCUGAUCAUGUUUGUUAUUCAAUUGAAAACAAAAAGAAAUUAGGCCUCUUUAAAGAUGAGGCAAAUGGCGUUGUGAUAAUUGAGUUUAUCGGUCUCCGACCAAAGCUGUAUACUUUUAAAACAUUAAAUGAUUUUUAUUUGGAAGUAAACAAAAAUAUGUCACUGAAAAAAGCAAAAGGUAUCACUAAAACUGUAGUAAAAAAUCACAUAACCUUUGAUGAUUAUAAGCGGUGUCUCUAUGAUAAAUCUAAAAUCAGGAGGAACAUUAGAUUGUUUCAGUCUAAAAAACAUUGUGUUCAAACAGUUACAGUGAAUAAAAUUGCACUCAGUUGUAAUGAUGAUAAAAGAGUUAUAUGUGAAAAUAACAUUGAGACACUGCCUUAUGGUCAUAUUCGUUUAAAGAAUAGAAAGUUUGUUGUAAAAGAUGGUAUUAUUAAAUAUUUGUAAUUCCCUUCAAUGCUAACAACUUGUCACACCUUGUAUAUUUGUAAUUCUUUUCAAUGUAUUCACAAUAAUUUGUUAUUGUUAACAAUUGUUUUGCAACUUCUAUAUUCAUUUUGUACCUUGUCAGGUAUAUGUUUGUAAUAUUUUUUUCAAUGUAUUGCUUUAAUAACUGUUUGCUACCUUGUUAGGUAUAUAUACUGUGCAUGAUGUGUUGGGAAAAUGAUGAUGAUAAUUGUAAA